GAUUGGAUGCUGAUAUAGAGAAGAUAGCAAAAUCUUGCGGGACAUGCCAAGAGCAUCAGCGAUCACCACCAAAAGCGCCUCUUCACCCUUGGGCACAGCCAGAACGGGCGUGUUCGAGAUUACAUAUCGAUUUUGCUGGACCAUUCUUGGGGCGGUGGUUCGUUAUACUGUCAGAAGCGUACUCUAAAUGGUUGGAAGUAAAACCACUGAGUUCCCCCGCAACUGGACCUACCAUUCGGGUGCUACAGUCUAUUUUGCGACCCACGGACUACCUGAAAUCAUGGUAAGUGAUAAUGGCUCGGCCUUUACGAGUCAAGAAUUUGGAAACUUCAUGAAGAGCAAGGAAAUUGUGCAUAUUACAACUGCACCCUACCACCCGUCCUCUAAUGGGCUGGCUGAGAGGGUGGUUCAAACAUUCAAGGCAGCCAUGAAGCGAAUGAAAAACGAACAGGGAACACUGGAAACGAAGCUGGAUGAAUUUCUUUUUUGGUACAGAAUCACACCACACGCGACAACAGGGGAGGCACCAGCUGUGAUUCUGAUGGGACGGAGACCAAGAAGCUGCCUGGACUUACUACAUCCGGACCUGGCAAGAAAGACAAGGGAAGCACAAGAGCAACAAAGGAAGGAUCAUGACAAAUCUUGCAGUUACCGGAAUCUGGAGACGGGGCAAACAGCGUAUGUGCGUAACUUUGGCAAGGGCCAGGAUUGGUUAGCAGGCGUGGUGAGAGUCAGACGGGACCCUUAUCUUUCAGAGUGAGGUUAGAGGACGGACGGUUAGUCAAGCGACACGUGGAUCACGUUCGACAGAGAACAACGAGACUAAAAGUCCAGAGGGACAAGCAAUGAUGGAGGACAGUCCCAACAGUGGGGUAGACCAACAGCAAGGAGAAGAGAGCACAAGAUUGUCAACAGCAACGAACGCUCCGGAUGUCACCGAACAUUAGCAAACAGAACAAACAGAGACCGAGGCUGAUCAACAAUUGGAAAUGAGAGCUGCCGACGUUCCGCCUGUCCACCGGCGUUCCGCACGGAUUUCGAGACUUCCAGAAAGACUGGAUCUGUAGGGUAGUAAUGUGGGAACUUAGAAAAUUUAGAUGGAAGGGGUGUAAUAGUUUAGGGUUGUUUUGGGGAGGCGUCUUGGGGCGCCUGCGCAGUAGAAGAUACUAGUUGGUUUUGACGGACUUUGUUGAGUUAGACAGUGUAGA